UGACAAAUGAUUUGAAAAAUGAAAGGACAACAUUGUUGCAUCUCUGUAGAAGUUUACCCGUGACGUCAGUUCUGUUAAAAGAUUUUGUAUCGUAAAACUGUUCAAAACUGAGUCCGUAUGCUGGGUAUAUCAAAGGACCAAAAGUACUGGGAGGAGAUGGUAUAAGACCACCAAGAGAUGAGAAAAAGAUUAAGCCUAAAAUGCUGUUUGAUUUGGUUUGGGAUUCCCCUAACUGUCUGGUUGACCUUUAACCUUUUCAGCUGGCACUUAAAGCUUACUGCUGACUGGAAUCAGCCCAAUAGGUUAAAAUUAAGGGCAAAGAAAACCCUGCUUGUCAGGAAGGAUAGUCUAAAAAAAGAAAAUGGAGGGGAAUCCCCUAAGUUUGAACAGCAAUGCGAGGCACUGUCAGAAGUCUUCAAUAAAGCUCUGGUGAAACGGUACAAUGUGACUGUCCUGCAUUCACUGGGUGUCGUAUUAAGCCCAGAGGAUCAGAAACUUCGAGAUGAAGGUUACCAGAAGUUUGCUUUCAAUGCAUUAAUAAGUGACAAAAUAGGAUUUCACAGAGCAGUCCCGGAUACUAGAUUUCCAAAAUGUCGAGAUGUGAAGUUUCCUUCCAUUGACUUAGAUGCCAGUAUUGUGAUCUGCUUUUUCAAUGAACAGCCAUCGGCUUUACUUCGUACUGUACACUCAGUUAUUGACCAGACUCCCCCAGAGCUGCUCAAAGAAAUUAUCCUAGUAGAUGAUAGUAGUACUUUAGAUGACAUUUCUUGCCAGAUAGAAACAUAUGUCAAUCAGCAUUUAAAAAAUGUGAAAUUUGUCCGCACCCCAGAGAGGCAGGGGUUAAUCAGAGCCAGGGUGUUUGGUGCAAACCAUGCUUCAGGAAAGGUUUUGGUCUUUCUAGACAGCCAUUGUGAAGUGAACACUGAUUGGUUAGAGCCUCUGUUGCUAAGGAUAUCACAUGACCCAAGCACUGUGGUUGUCCCGGUAAUAGACAUGAUCAACCAUGAUACAAUGGAGUACCAAUCGUCUCCCCUUGUCAGGGGAGGGUUUAACUGGGGCCUGCACUUCCGCUGGGAUCAGCUUCCAGCUAGUAUGCAAAGUGACCCUGAGCUUGGGUUGAAACCUAUACCGUCGCCCACAAUGGCUGGGGGGUUGUUUGCCAUGAGGAAAGACUACUUCCACCACCUGGGAGAGUAUGAUCUGGGUAUGGAUAUCUGGGGAGGGGAGAAUCUCGAGAUCUCAUUUAGGAUAUGGAUGUGUGGGGGUAGACUAGAGAUCAUUCCGUGUUCCAGGGUAGGACAUAUCUUUAGGAAGCGUCGGCCGUACGGAAAUCCUGCUGGUGGGGACACACUCAUCAGAAACUCACUCAGGGUAGCUCAUGUGUGGAUGGACGAGUACAAGGAGUAUUUCCUAAAGCAGAGGCCUCAGGCAGGGCAUUUAGACUACGGAGACAUAUCAGACAGGGUUUCCCUCCGAAAACACCUCUCAUGUAAAUCAUUCCAGUGGUACCUCAAAAAUAUAUAUCCUGAACAGGUGGUGCCUGGACAGACCAAUAAUGUUGAAAUAUAUCAUCAUUUUCCCAGAAACCAACUGAGGAAGGAACCGGUCAUUAUCAGACAUGGGCAGCUGACACAUGUGGAUUCCAGUUUAUGUGUUCAAUCUGAGAAAAAGCCAUAUACCAAGAAAGCAUUGCUCACUUUAGCUGCGUGUGAUACAAAGACCUUAGAUGGACAGAAAUCACAGAUGUGGUACGAAACUGUGGACAGUCAACUUCUCCUAGCUCAGUUGUUGUGUUUAGAUGUAGAGUCAGGAAUGGUUGGGAAGAGUUAUGCUAGACUAAUGAAGUGUCAUGGCAAUGGGGGCUCACAGGCCUGGACGUGGACUGACAAGGGUGAAACGUCAUUGCUUUACAAUCCUGCCAGUGGAAAAUGUUUGACCGUUACUGCUGCAACAGAAGGGGGAAACUUAUUUUUAGAUCUGUGUACUGGGACAAAGGAGCAGGCAUUCAGACUCAGUUGACACAGAUAGACAAACCAGCAAACAACAGUGAAUAUUAAGGGAAAUUUAGGGGAGUCGAAAGAAAAUCAUUUUUUUCCUAGAGAUUUUUAUGUAGAAUGAAUUUAUGCUUUAG